CAUACUCCUCUCAUUUCCCGGCAUAAUUUCCAUCUUCAAAUUCCACAUUCGAAGUGUGAUCUUCUUCUCAUUUCUUCUGCAUGUUCCUUUACUUUUCUUCUUCACAAUGCUUCCCCCAUCGUAGCAUUUAAACCUCAUUUCUCUCCUUCUUCAACGUCGACAACAUUCAAUUCUGCGUUUUCAGGUUUGGUAGCAGUCGGCAUUUCAAUGUCUACGAAUUUUGAAAUGGCGAUCGAGUCUUGUGCUACUUUGAGUUCUGUUGAUGACGAUAACUUUGAGAGUCGGAGUAUAUCGGAGUUAGUUUCGUUUUUGCGGACGGCCUUUAGGGCUAAAGAUUUCGAUAAGGUGGAGGAGGUUUUGGUUGCCAAAGAAGUAAAGAUGAGGAAAGAGAUUGAGAGCAUGAACAAAGAAUACGAGUUGCUCCAAAGUAAAUACGAGUUUAUGAGGCUUCACAAUAUUACUCAUGAUUCCAUGGUCCAGCAAGACAAGGUUGAGGUUGAUCCUAAAGGAUUUGAGAAGUGGAAGAAAUCGUUUGAGGAGUUGAAGGAGAUGGAGAGGGAGAUUCAACAACUCAAGGAAUUGAUCAUUAAAGUGAAUGAGGAUAGAGAGAAGAAAAAGAAUGCUUUGGAGGGGUUUGAGAAAAUGCUUGAAGUGGUUAAGGAAGCUCAGGAGGACGAUAGAUUGACCAUACAGAAGCUUAACCACAAGAAUUCAGAAUUACAAUCUGCAAUUGAAGUUGCGAAGAAAGAAAAGAAAGAGUAUGAGAAGACUGUAGAACAGCUUAGGUGCAAGAAUUUAAAACUCGAAUAUGCAAUGGAGGAACUGAACACCAAGAAAACAGAAUUAGAAAUUCAAAUAGUUGCAAUCAAGAAAACAGAGGAAGAUGGCCGAAGGAACAUAGAGGACCUUGAAUCCAAGUAUUCAAAAUUAGAAUGUGCAAAGAGGGAACUUGAAGAUUAUUAUGAGCUGCGACGAAGGAAAUAUGAGGAACUUGCGCAUCGAGUAUCGCAGUUGGAGAAUGUAAGGACAGUUGUUGAAAAUGGGGAGCCCACUCCUUCAAAUAGAAUCGACUCUUGCUUUGGUGGUUCUAGAAAAUUAAUUGGGAAGAGAAAAGCAAAGAACGACAAAAUUGAGAACCGAACAGGUACUGGAGGAAGCUUUGUUGAGAUAAUUAGUGAUGAUGAUAAUGCUCCAGGAGAAAAUUUGUUUCGAGCACAUAGAAACCAGAAGAGAAGACGAGGUUCAUUGUUAAAUGAUUGUGAAGAUUACGAUGCCGAAAAGGAAGAUGAUCAGGUGACCAUUCUGCCGAGUGUAAGCAAGGGUAUGGAGUCAUUGAAGAAAGUAGGGGCAAUGUUUUCUGCACCUCCACGUGGUCGACCAGACAAACAUGCCUCGAAAAUGCAAUUUUCUCUUGGAUCUAAUGAUUUCAAGAACAUCACAACCUCUUCAAGGACUGCUACUGUCAUGUUGAGGCAAUGCGCAGAAGUUGGGGAAGGAUGUAGAUCACUUGAUUCUAAGUUCAAGUAUGCUUCCUUUCGCAUGGACUAUUUCAAUGAUGACUAUUUCAUUUCGUCAGAUUCUGAUGGUGAUAUCCAAAAUCGAUAUGGGUCAAGUCAUCUAAAGUCAAAAGACCGGAGAUGUAAUAAAAAGUGGAAUUUGGAGGCCGAAAUGCUUGCUGCAUUUGCUGAAAAUGAUGAGCUUUGCAUGGAGGCUGUCUGUAUACUCUAUCGACAAUCAAGUUUAAUUGGAAGACCAUACAGUGCAUCCACGCCUUCCAGGCAUAGAGGAUUCGAUGAGGCUGAUUUGCUCAGGGGUUCCACAUUGGCAUUGUUUCUAACCAACCGAGAUCCAAAUGGGAAUUUGAAGAAAUCCGUGAUGGAGUUGGAGAAAUUUGACAUAUGUGGUCUUAUUGACUGCAGAAGAAUCGCCAUCAAGCAUUCAAAGCAGUUAUUUGAAAUAUAUAAGAACAACGAAGAUCAAUUCCAUUUCCAUUAAAGGGAGGACAGGCUUGAACCCUUUGAUGCACAGAUACAUCUGAUACUGAAAUCUGAUUGUUGAUCCAUUUCCUUCCUCUUUCCUGCUAAUUUAUCAAUGUAAGAUCUUUUAGCUAUAUCUUGGUGCACACUGCUCAAACUAUGCUGACUAAGAUAGAGAUGUAGAUAAUCAAUAGGGAACAUAAAGAAUUCAAGAACUCCCAUUACAAUUGUUGUUGCAUAUGAUGGGGUUAAAAGCCAAUACUUUUACCUUCAAAUUAGCUUGUUAGAACUCAGAAUUUAGAAACUAGUUUCCUUCUUUAGAACCAUCCAGCAACCUUGUUUUACAAUAUUACUAGAACUAGAGAAAGCUUACUUCAAUGGUACAAAAUUCCAGUCUGAUUUGGAAAGAAAAAUGGUCCACAUUUAAUCUCUAUUACUAGUUUUGUCACCUUCUUUUUUUCUAGUUUUAGACAAUCUGUUGGGAGUUUUGUGGAAAGGAAAUAAAUGGCCGCCAUGUUGUGGGAAAGCCAUGUCUUCUUAUCAUCUUUGUUUUUCUCCGCACUGUAGCUUUGAAUCUCAGAUGACUGGAUGUUUGUUUU